UAUCUUCUAAUUUUAUAAAUAUAAUAUUUAAACUUAUAGAAAAACUAAUUUUAAUAAAUUCAACUUAUGUGUCAUGCGCAGGAAGUUGAUCUUGCGUGUGUGAAAAUGGCGCUUUCUUGUGCAAUUUCUAACGAAGUGCCGGAGCAUCCAGUUAUAUCCCCUGUAUCUGGAUCUAUAUUUGAAAGGAGAUUAAUUGAAAAAUAUGUAUCAGAAAAUGGGGUAGAUCCUAUAAAUGGAAAGGAGUUGACUGUGGAUCAAUUGAUUGAUGUUAAGACUACUGCAAUAGUUAAACCUAAACCACCAAGUGCCACAUCCAUUCCAGCUAUAUUAAAAAUUUUACAAGAUGAAUGGGAUGCUGUAAUGUUGCAUUCAUUUACGCUUAGACAGCAGCUUCAAACUGCUCGUCAAGAAUUAUCACACGCUUUAUAUCAACAUGAUGCAGCAUGUCGUGUAAUUGCUAGGCUGACAAAGGAAGUAACAGCUGCCAGAGAAGCUUUGGCUACUUUGAAACCACAAGCAGGAAUUGUUCAAGCUACUACUAUUCCACAACCUGCGCUUGCAGUGGAAGCAGGUGGUACCGCGGCUCAACCUAUGGAACAAGCCGGUAUUACUGAGGAUGUAAUACAGAAACUUCAGGAGAGAGCUACAGUUCUCACACAAGAAAGGAAACGUCGCGGACGUUCAGUUCCUGAGGAUCUACUUCCUCAGGACAGUAUUCGUGCAUUUCAAACGCUUGCAUCUCAUCCUGGUCUCCAUUCUGCCAGUGUACCUGGAAUACUUGCACUUGAUAUACACAGUGCAGAUACUAGCAAGAUCUUAACUGGUGGAGCUGACAAAAACGCUACAGUAUUCAACAAAGAUACAGAACAAGUUGUUGCAAUAUUGAAGGGGCAUACCAAGAAGGUUACUCGAGUAAUUUAUCAUCCAGAGGAAGAUAUAGUAAUGACUGCAUCACCUGAUACUACAAUACGCGUAUGGAAUGUAGGAACUAGUCAAACAACAUUGUUAUUAAAAGCUCAUGAUGCUCCAGUGACUGGUCUCUCUUUACAUCCAACAGGCGAUUAUUUACUUAGUUCGUCGUUAGAUCAACACUGGGCGUUUUCGGACAUACGUACUGGUCGUCUACUGACUAAGGUUGCAGGACAAGUUACUCAACCGCUAACUACGGCCCAAUUCCAUCCCGAUGGAUUGAUUUUUGGCACUGGUACUGCAGAUUCUCAAGUGAAAAUUUGGGAUCUAAAAGAGCAGUCGAAUGUAGCUAAUUUUCCGGGUCAUUCAGGACCAAUUACAGCGAUUAGCUUUUCUGAAAAUGGUUAUUAUUUAGCUACUGCAGCAGAAGAUUCUUGUGUAAAACUUUGGGAUUUACGAAAAUUGAAAAACUUCAAAACCCUGCAGUUAGAAGAAUCCUAUGAAGUUCGAGAUAUUUGUUUCGAUCAAAGUGGAACUUAUUUGGCAGUAGCUGGAACGGAUGUGAGAGUGUACUUGUGUAAGCAGUGGCAAGAAUUGAAAGUGCUCAAUGACCACACAGCUGCCGCAACCGGUGUUCGUUUUGGAAAACACGCGCAGUAUAUAGCUUCUACUAGUAUGGACAGAACAUUAAAACUUUAUGGGUUACCUUGAAUUUUUAGUACAUUAAUUUAAUGACAAUUUAAAUUAGAAUUUAUAAAAUAAGUUUACAGUGAAUGGCAGUGACAGACAUUUAAUUCAGGUUUAGUAUUUUGUUUUUUAAAUUUAUUAAAAACAUCAUUGGACUAUCAUGAAAAGAAAUUUUAUGACUAUUGUAGAUAUUUCUUAAAAUUAUCAUAUACCGUAAUUGCUAUUAUGUUUAGUUGAAGAUCGAAUGGUGAAAGAUUGAUAUGUUUACUUUUGAAAUAGAAAAUAGGAACAAGAUAUUGAUAAAUAAUCUUUCAUAAAUUAGAAGAAAUUCUAAUCUAAAUUUAACAUCUAUACAUAAUAUACACUGUUAUAACAAUAGUAAAUACAUUUAUUCUACACAUGAAAAUGUGAAGAAUAGGCAAAUA